AUGGCACUCUACAACCACAGUCAUGCCAGUUAUACCACCUUCAUCCUGAUGGGCAUCCCCGGCCUGCAGGGCUCCCACUUCUGGAUCGCAUUCCCCUUCUGCUCCAUGUAUGUCAUGGCUGUCCUGGGGAACCUGAUUGUCUUGCUGGUAAUCUGGACUGACCCAGGGCUUCACCAGCCCAUGUAUCUCUUCCUCUCCAUGCUCUCCGCUCUUGACUUGGUCCUCUGCACCUCCACAGUGCCCAGGAUCCUCGCUCUCUUCUGGGCAGGCACAGCUGAGAUCACCUUUGGCGCGUGUGCCGCACAAAUGUUCUUCAUUCACGGCUUCUCCGCUGUGGAGUCAGGCAUCCUGCUAGCCAUGGCCAUUGACCGCUACGUGGCCAUCUGCCGUCCUUUGCACUAUAAUACCUUGUUGCCGUUGGGGACCGUGGGCCGGAUGGGCUUGGCGGCUGUAUUCCGGGGCUUGGGGCUCAUGACGCCCCUGACCUGCCUUCUGGGGAGGCUGCAUUACUGCGGCCAGGUGAUCGCUCACUCUUACUGUGAACACAUGGCUGUGGUGAAACUGGCGUGCGGCGACACGCGGGCCAACAAUGUGUACGGCAUCACCGCAGCUACCUUGGUGGUGGGCACGGACUCCGUCUGCAUCGCGCUCUCCUACGCGCUCAUCCUGCGGGCAGUGCUCGCGCUUUCCUCCAAGGAGGCGCGAGCCAAGACCUUUGGGACUUGCGGUUCCCACCUUGGGGUUAUUCUGCUUUUCUACACUCCGGGCCUUUUUUCCUUCUACACGCAGAGAUUUGGGCAACAUGUACCUCGCCACGUGCACAUACUCCUCGCUGACCUAUACCUUGUGGUGCCCCCCAUGCUGAACCCCCUUAUUUAUGGCAUGAAGACCAAACAGAUCCGGGAUGGAGCGCUGCGGCUGCUCCAGCGGGGCCCACGUCAAACUUAA